GUGACCAAAACGAACACCUCCACUCGCCCGGUUCCAGGAAGACAGUCCUAUUUAGUUGUAUUGUUGCCACGGAACUCGUGCAGUGGGCUUUAAACUAAGUUAUUUGUUGUCUUCAAACCGCGGUUCUGUUUUUAAUUAUUGUAUCUGUCUGUUAGGUUCCCGAAUACCGAGAUGCCACCUAAAAAACGCAACUCUGCGGCGACACAGAUGAAGGAGCUGAAGCCCGGUGCCGAGAGUUCUUCACCAGACAAGAAGGAGAGUCCUGAGUUGUCUGUUAAAAAACACAGAGACAAGGAUGCUGAGUUUGUGACUCUGAGUAAGAGCCUCCAUGUGACAGACCUGGUAUGUGACGGUGCUUGGAAGCUGUGGAAAACUGUCCAGGAGGCCAUGGAUGAAGUCACUGACAGUCAUAAAAGGCUCUGGGGCACUUGUCUGUUUGUGACUGUGAUCGAGAUGGAUGUCGCUUGUUUCACCUUGACUCAGGUUCUGAAAGCAGUCAGUCUAAAUGUGAAAGAAUUUAUGGGUCUGGCGAGGAAGCUGGACGUGAACUUGGACACUAUAAGCACUAAGGUGAAUUCUGCACUGACACGACUGGAGAAGAAGUACGAUGUGAUGCUGGCUCUUUACCAGAGGUUUGAGAAAACCUGCAAGAAAAUCUUCGUUUUGACCUCUGAUGGCAAGGAGAGGGAGACCAUGCGAACCUGCUGGACAAUGUUUCUUUUGGCCAAAGGAAGGGCCUUGCAGAUGGAGGAUGACCUGGUCAUAUCAUUCCAGUUGCUGCUUUGUACACUGGAGUUAUUCAUCAAGCGCUGCUCUCCAGAUCUUCUGCAGCCUCUUUACAAAUCAGCCAUCAGCAAAGUUCAGAGCCCCCCAACACGAACAUCUCGUCGCAACCAGAGCAAAGCCAAAUUCCGACCUCCAGAGCCAGAAGUUGAUGUGCAGCUUCUUGAAACCUUGUGCAAAGAGAAUGAAUGCAAUGCAGAAGAGGUGAAGAACGUAUACCAGACCAGUUUCUCGGAUUUCCUCAACUCUCUGGAUACUUCAAAGUCCCCAGAUUUUCCUCAGGUGAAAGACAUCGACCAACAGUAUGAAGAGCACUACCUCAAAAGCAGAGACAUUGACGGGCGGCUGUUUUUUGACGGAGAUGAGACUGUUCAUGCGCCGAAAGUCGAGAUUUCACAGCUGGAGAGAACACCAAAGAAGAACCUGCCGGAUGAAGAUGCAGGACUCAUCCCUCCUCAGACUCCUAUCAGAGCUGCCAUGACGUCCAUUCAGCUGUUGAGGGGGGAUCUCAUCUCCAGUGGGGACCAACCAUCUACAGUCCUGGCUACAUAUUUUAAAAAUUGCACCGUGGAUCCGACGCAGGACGUGCUGAAGCGUUUGGAGACACUGGGGCAGAUGUUCAGCCAAAGAUUUGGUCAGGCAGUCGGCCCACGCUGUGUAGUCUAUGGCAGACAGAGGUUUACUCUCGGUGUCAGACUGUAUUACAAAGUCAUGGAGGCAAUGCUGAAAUCGGAAGAGCAGCGACUGUCUGUGCAAAAUUUCAGUAAACUUCUCAAUGACUCCACAUUCCACAAAUCACUUCUGGCCUGUGCUUUGGAGGUGGUCAUGUCAACAUAUGGAGAGAGCAGUUUCAAAAAUGGAGGAUACAACCAAGGAGGAGGUGACGCUGCUGAAACAAACGUGUGCUUCCCCUGGAUACUGGAUGUGUUCAGCCUCGCUGCCUUUGACUUCUACAAAGUCAUCGAGAGCUUCAUCAAAGCUGAGCCCACGCUGAGCAGAGAUAUAGUCAAACAUCUGGAGACCUGCGAGAACCUCAUCAUGGAGAGGAUUGCAUGGAGGACAGGCUCCCCACUGUUUGAGCUUCUGAAACAGGAGCAUGAGAUCGGAGUAGCAGAGCAGGUGGAGACACCAGCCAGUUUCAGCCAACCGCUGCAGCACAACCACACCGCAGCCGACUUAUAUCUGUCACCCAUGCGACCAGGCAGUCGUGUCUUACCUCCCGGGUCUCCAGCCACGCCCAGCUCUCAAACUUCCACCCAAGCAACCAGCCAAACUCCACGACACCCCAAGUCCAACUCACUCAGCCUCUUCUAUAAAAAAUUGUACCGCCUGGCCUACACCAGGCUGAAGAUGCUCUGCUCCUACCUGCUGACCAGCCACCCUGAGUUGGAGCCCAUAAUAUGGACUCUGUUCCAGCACACUCUGCAGCACGAGUACGAGCUGAUGAGAGACCGUCACCUCGACCAGCUGAUGAUGUCAGCCAUGUAUGCCAUUUGUAAAGUGAAGUCUGUUGAUCUGCGCUUCAAGACCAUUGUCACGGCGUACAAGAACAUGCCCAACACCAGCCAGGAGACCUUUAAGCACGUGUUGAUCACCGAGGGUCACUACGACUCCAUCAUUAUCUUCUACAACCAAGUGUUCAUGCAGAAGCUGAAAACCAACAUCCUGCAGUAUGCGUCCACCAGGCCGCCUACCCUCUCUCCAAUCCCACAAAUACCACGCAGCCCCUACAAGUUCCCCAAUUCACCUCUGCGUGUUCCUGGGAGCAACAACGUGUACAUCUCCCCUCUGAAAAGCACUCGCAUGUCUCCGGGUAUGAUGACCCCUCGCUCCAGAAUGCUGGUAUCCAUCGGUGAAUCUUUCGGGCCGUCCAAUCGCUUCCAGAAGAUCAACCAGAUGGUCAACAGCAGCGAUCGCUCCUUCAAGAGGACCCUGGAUCUCGGCUCCGCUCCGAAGCCUCUGAAGAGGUUACGAUUCGAUGUGGAUGGGCAGGAUGAAGCUGAUGGCAGCAAAUCUGGAGCAGAUUCUACACUCAUACAGAGGCUUGCAGAGAUGAGUUCCACUCGGAGUCGCAUGAAGGAGGACGCCGAAUCGAGGAAGGAGUAACUCCAAAAGCUACUGAACUGACCUGCACUGUUUGUCACAAUGUGGACAGUACUUUUUGUUCACCCACAAAGUGAAACUCGAGUUUCUCUGUACAUUUAGCGAUGGAUUUUAGUUUGUAUUUAACUUUGAGGAGUAAUAUGUGAAUAUAGAGGACUUUCUGUUCUUUUUUGUUAAUGCUUUAUCUGAGUGUCUUUACUGAAUAAUUGUUGACAUUAUAUUUCAUUUAGAUUUGACAUGUUGGAGAUUAAGUAUGUUUGGGUGUACGAGUGUUGUUAUUUUUUGGAUCUUUCCAGAAAUCAUUGCUUUCACUUUCAUGGAUUUUCUCCAAUGCCUGGAUUGCUUUUGUUUUUGUUUUGUUGUAAAAUUUGUAAAAUUACUGUUUGAGUCUUACCACUACCAAUACCUUCAUAUGCUGACCUUUUUCAUUUCACAUUUUGACAUCUCAAAUGUCUGAAUCAUGAUGCAACAUUUCCAGUGUUAAAAUCAUGAUAACUCUGUCAGCCACAGAGAGAGUUUUUUCAUGCAGUGGUUUUUACUUGCAAGUGAUAUUUUGCUGUGCAACCCACAUAACAUCUGCGGAGAGUUUAGUUCGUGUCAGAAAGUGAGAACUGAAGCCAUCACAUAUUGUUGAAAGAAAAAUCGUACAUGAUUUGCGCUCAACCAAAACGUGUAGUCUGAGAAUAUCUGGUUACAGUUGCAAUGUAUAGUUUUAUAGCAGACUUUGUUUUACUUUUGGGAUGUAAUAAAAA